AAAAAAAUCAAAUCGAACUGAAAUUCCAAACUGCCGCAAUCCACAUUGAAAAAGCUUCCGGAAAUCUGCUUCAAUGGCGAAGAAGAGAAAAGCCCCUUCUUCUCAACAAUCAAAUGAACCAAAACUCAAAGCAGUUCGCGAAGAAGUAGUAGUAGAACCAGAGGAGGAAGAAGAUCCCUCCGAAGAAGAAGUAGAAGAAUCUUCAUCGGAAGAGGACGCCAAAUCGAAAUCGAAAUCGGAAUCCGAAUCGGAAUCGGAAUCGGAUUCAGAGGAGGAGGAAUCUUCUUCCUCCGACGAGGAAGCAACCGACGAGGCAUCAAAGAAGCAAUCCCUCCGCCAAUUACUCGAGCCCUUCGGAAAAUCCCAAAUUAUCGAUCUACUCAAAGAGGCGGCGGCGAAGGACCCAAAUCUCGUUUCUCAAAUCGUUCAGGCGGCGGACGCCGACCCCACCCACCGGAAUAUAUUCGUGCGCGGCCUCGGCUGGGAUGCCACCUCCGAUCAGCUCGUCGACACGUUCAAACCCUACGGCGAAAUCGAGGAGAGCAAAUUAAUCAUGGACAAGGCCACAGGCCGCGCCAAAGGCUACGCCUUCGUCCGGUUCAAAACCCGCGCCGCCGCCAAAAAAGCCCUCAAAGUCACCCAGAAGAAGGUCGGGAGCAAGACCGUUACGUGCCAGCUGGCAUCCACCGGAGUUCCCGCCGGAGAUGCGGUGUCGGACGUGGGUAGCCGGAAGAUCUACAUCGGCAACGUCGGCCCCCACGUGAGCCCCGAUGGCCUGAAGUCGUUCUUCGAAAGGUUUGGCGAAAUCGAGGAAGGACCGUUUGGUGUUGAUCCGGUUACCGGGAAGUUCAGAGGGUUUGCGAUGAUUACCUACAAAAGCCUUGAGGGGUAUAAGAAGGUUAUGGAGGAGCCGAUUAAGGUGUUUGAUAACUGUCAACUGCAUUGCAAGAAGUUCGUCGACAACUUUAACAAGAACAACGCGCCCGCGCAGAACAAUGUCGGUUCCGCGCCUAUGAACCCUAAUACUAUCAUUCCUUCGGAUACUGGUUACGGUGGUGGUAUGGUUGGUAAUAAUGCAGGGUUUAUGGGGAAUAAUUUUAGUGGGAGUGGGCUUUUGAUGGCACAGAAUCAAGCAUUGGGAAUGAUGUCAGCAGGAUAUAAUCCGGUGGGAUUCAGUAAUCCCAUGUUUGCCGCGGGAUUAGGCGGCGGCGGUUAUGGGAUUAGUAAUAGCAUGACGGGCCCUAGCAUGAUAGGGAACUACGGUUCACAAGCAGCUUUGCUUGGACUCGGAGCCUUCCAGAACAAUCAAACCGGACAAUCCUCCUCCAUCGGAACGGGUGGAGCACCAACUCCAACUGCAACAAUAAGGCCUCCUUCAAGUGGUGUAUCUGCACCGACAAAUUUCCCGACAUAUUUCAACCGCUAGGUGAUUUGGUUUUCAAAACCCUUUGUGUAAACCUCAUAUUCUUGGAUAAGUGUGUUGGUGUUUGAAAUUCGAGUGGGAGCAUAUUAUUUGUGAUGCUUUAUGUUAGUACUGUCUUGGAAAAAUCGAGUUGUUUUGUCAUUUUGUUGCUUUUUAGAACCUUAAUUAGAUUGUUUGCCGUGCAUAUCGAAUCAGUCGGGUAGUAUUUUUCGCUUAAACUCGAAUAUGAUUGAACCGUGACUUCUUUGAAGUGCAUAUGUUAAGGGAAAAUUCUGUGAUUUCUUUUUUCUCC